UACUACUACUGCCGCUGCUGCUACUAUUACAACUACUACUGCUGCUGCUACUAUCACUGGUGGUACUACUACUGCAACUACUACUACUGUUGCUGCUGAUACUACUACUACUACCUCUGCUGCUACUACUGCCACUUUUACUACUACUACUGAUAAUAAUAAUAAUAAUCUACCAGCUGCAGGGAUGUAACAGAUGGGCGAAAUCUCAGAGAAUGAGAGCAAAGGAAUCUCUGAAGGGUGUGUAGAAGUCACAUGACAUGUGUUCAUACCACACACACACAGACACACAGGUGUGUGGUAUGAACACAUGUGUCAUGUGUAGGAGUCACACCUCCACACCAAAAAGGGCUGUUAAUAGAGGAUAAUUAAAACACAAUAAAUGUGUGUAUGUCUGUGGUUGAGGGAAACUUUUGUUUAUUGACUGUUAUACACAACAUACACAUUUACACCAGUGUUUGGACUCAUUGCUCCAUUGUUCAUUAACUCCAAAAUACUUCAUUCUAUGAAUGAUAAAUCAGUGUUUGACACUGAGCUGUGUGCUGAGAACUCCUGAAUCACAGGGAAGAAGUUUGGUGUGUGUCAGUCUCUGUUUGAUGAGUUUUUCUUCCACACCUUUUCCUUCAGCUCCCUGCUCUAACAAGUGCUAAACUGCAUUUUCUCUGGAGGAGCAAGGACUGAUUCUGCUCCAGCGUUGGUAUAGCGAGGUUGUUAUCACCUCUCUACUGAACUGUGCUGAAAACAUUUCAUCACACAUUUUAUCUCACACAUUUUAUCCUCAUGAAUGUGGUAGCAAGAAUGGUGUUAUUUGGCCUCAUGUAAAUGCAGCAUGCUAAUGCUAACUUCCACCUCCCACUGGUUUGAUACAUUUUAUCCACAUUAGCAGUUCUUUAGUGGGGCAUUGCUUUAAGACCUAGACUCCUGUCAAAUCUCCGAACUCUAAACCUGGGAGAUUAGUCUCAAAAGGAAGUCAUCUUAUUGCCUUUGGUAAGAAAAGGUUAAUCUUCUUAACUCAUGCUAAAGUCUCACACUGAGGACUGACUUAUAGUCUGCAAUAAUACACGCAAUAGAUAACUGUAAUAAAAUAAAUUUCACACACAUGCAAACAGUCUACAUUUACUACACAUUUCAUUAAGUUCUGUAUUAUUAUCAAUCUCACUGAUGAUUUUUAAGUGUGUGUGUGUGUGUGUGUAUGUGUGUGUGGACACGCUAAGCAUGCCGACAAAUUCGGUUUUAUUUAGAGAGUUAUUUUUAUUCACAGUGCAUGAUAUGAAUUCCUGUCUCAAAAUUCCUUGGUGCGACCUUUGACCCUCGGCAACAACUGUCACCCAGUACAUAUCAGGGUGUGUUGGUGUCUAAUUCCUCGCAUUUCUUCUUCUUCUUCUUCAUUUUUGUGAUGAGCACAAACUAAAAAUUCCAUUCACACUUGUUGUGUAGAUACUUUUAGUUAAAGGUGCCCUGUGGAUUUUUGGUUUUAAGAACAUUAUAUAUUUUAUUAAAUUUAUUAUUGUUGAAAUAUUUCACGUUAAAGUGUGAAUCAUGCACUGAUGGUCAAUUUGAAUUCCAGUUUCCAGCUGAUACAGCAGCUGACCAAUCAGCGUCUUUCUUUACCUGAUUGAUUGACUCUCUAGUGCUAGGAUCUGAGCUUGUCUCCUAGCAACAGAGAGUUUCUUUAACAGCUUUACAUAUAUGAGACGUACUGAAUACUCUCACUAUUACACAGAUAAACAUACAUUAUGGGUGUGUGUGGCAUGUUUUUAUAUCUUGGUGGGGGCCGAAUGUCCCCACAAAGACAGGAAUAUCUGACGAUUUUAACCUUGUGGUGAUAUUUGAAUUUUUUCCCUUUUUUUUGUUAACACUAAGUUAAAGGGUUAGCGUAGCCUGAAUUAGCGGCAUAAAUAAUAAUGUCAGACAUAUGUGUGUGUCAGACAUCCCACCUCUCCCGGAAGUUCCGGGAGUCUCCCGCAUAUUCAUAGUGGCUCCCUGAUGCCCGCAAAUUAGAUACAAUAUCCCGGAAAUCGUGCGAGCGAGCGAGAGAGACACAUGUAGUGAUAAAAGCCGCGUCUCAUUUCGGAGGCUGCGCAAUGAGACGCAGCUAUAGUAAGUUUUGAAUUGCAACAGAAUGAGCAUCCUCUGAUGAUUGGUCUCUUAUGCGCUAAAUAACCCAAUCAGUUGUGUCUGUGGGCGGCUAUACAGUCAACCUCUCACUCUCUCCAUCUCCUGUCAGUUCACACUUCCAGAGUCUGCAGCCGCAAUGGCAUCUGCUGUCCGAGAAGAGUGUCAGAGAAAAAGAAAAUAUAAAACUCACUUUACUCCAGACUACACUAAGGUGUACCCCUGCCCAACAGGGGUAAAAAAUAAUGACAGUGACUUUUCUAUUGCCCAUGGUGGGUUAAAUGACUGUAAAAGACAUGUUGAGAUUGAAAAUAUUGAUACAUGUCUGGCUUUUCUGGCAGCAAAAGGUGUGAACAUACAGGGACUCUCAGCUGAAGAGAUCAGAAAUGGGAAUCUGAAGGCAAUACUGGGACUGUUUUUUAGUUUAUCACGAUACAAACAGCAGCAGCAGCAGCAGAGCACUUCACAGACACACUUCACACACACUCACACACAUACUGCACCUACACCCACGGCCUCCUCGCAUGGGACACACGCCUCAGCAGCACAGAUCCAUCGAGCACAGGCGGAGAUGCAGUCCAGGACUUCCUCUGAGAGCAAACUUCUCAAGUUUUCCAUUGGUCAGAAAAAGACAUCUAGGUGGACUGUUGAGGAGACCUGUAUCGAGUUGAAUUGUGUGAGACUUCCUGGCCCUACAUCGAGAGUUUCUGCUGUGUGUGUCGAGUCGUCACCGCGCGGUUCAGUCAGCUCAGCAGGAAACAGACGCAGUCAGACGUUCAGUGAGAAAAUCAAACCUGCAGCCACACAGACCAGAGAAUCAUUAGACGGCAUUACUUCCCAACCUCCAAGCAUGACUGAGCAUGUGCCAUCAUCAUGUGCAACCACCUCCACCAUCACCAGCACUGUGCCGUCUUCCUCUUCAUCCUCUGCCACUUCCUGCUCAGCCAUCCCUCAGCCCAACUCAAGCAGCAAACCCUGGAGGAGCAAAUCUCUGAGCGCCAAAAACACGUCUACCUCCACUGUUUCCCCAGUUAAAGGGGAAGUCCCUUCCAAACAGCCCCCUCCCACUGACCCACCUCCCAAAUCCCUGUCACAGAAGUCCAUGUUGGAAAAACUCAAACUGUUCAACAGUAAAAGUGGCUCUAAAUCCUCCACACCACCAGAGGGCACUGUGCAAAUGUCGCCCAUGUUGGAGAAAGUAGAAGCUACUGAGCCUCUGGAGGAAGCUAAUGGUCAUGCAUUGACAAGCAGCAGCCCAAAGAUGGCACUGAAGGGCAUUGCACAGCGCACCUUUAGCCGAGCGCUAACGGCUAAAAAGGGCUCAAUGAAAGGUGUUGAAAAAGACAAGGACAAUGACAAAGAGAAAGAGCGGGCUAAGGAGAAAGAGAAGGACAAAGAGAAAGGAAAGGAGACUUCUAAACGAAUGUUCACUUUUGAAAAGACAGUGAAUAGAGAAGCAGUAUCCACAGAGGAAGUGACUACCAGAAGUGAGGUAAGCAUAGCAGCUGCAGAGCCUAAACGAACAUCUAAAAUUGCUAGCCUCAUUCCCAAAGGAGGCAAAACCAGCACCAAAAAAGAUAGCUCUGUCUCCAUGCAUAGCGGAAUCCCCAAACCAGGAAGUAAAAGCACAGCUAAAAGCUCAGGAGUGCCCCUCUGUGGCAAAGACAAUGAAAGGCCACGUAGCAUGAGGCUAAGCAGUGGAAUCGGUUUCCAUGGAGACAGUCGCCACUCUUCUUCCUCUUCCAGUCUCGCAUCUACAGAGGGCAAAGGUCACCAGAAUCACAGUGUAACCUCAAUGGGUAAUGGAGGAACUACCCAAUCCACAGCUAGCAACACAGUUAGUGUACAGCUUCCUCAGCCUCAGCAGCAGUACAGCCACCCAAACACAGCCACUGUAGCACCAUUCAUGUACAGGUCCCAGACAGAUGGGGAGGGCACCGUAGAAACAGGCUCCACAGGACACACUGGAGAGUCAGGUAGCUUCAGCAAAACUAACCAGACAUCCACUGAAGAUUUAUCAGGUGAAGAUCCUGAGACUAGGAGACUGAGAACAGUCAAAAACAUUGCAGACCUUCGACAGAACCUGGAAGAAACCAUGUCCAGCUUACGGGGGACACAGAUCACACACAGUGCUCUGGAAACGUUUGAUAGUGGCGUCACCACGGAAAUGAACACUCGUGGUUUUCGGUCAUCUCGUGCUGCGCCACUCUCGUGGACCAAUCGGAUCGGCCCGUCCAGCCCACGGCUGCAGGCAGGCGAUGCCCCCUCCCCGGGGAAUGGAUAUCCGGCACAUGGAGGCAUAGGUGGGGCUGCCCUGGGUCACACCCGCUACCUUUACUCUGCCCCUCUGCGCAGGCAGCUAGCAGCACGCAGCAGCGCCAUCUGUGGGCUUGAGCUGGGAGAGCGGGGUGGAGAGGAGCUCGAGCUUGACGUCAGUGGCUAUGUGAGCGACGGAGACGUGCUGGCCAAGAACGCACAUGCUGAUGAGCUCAGCAGCGGCUACCUGACUGAUGGUGGUUUGAGUUUAUACACUCGUCGUAUGAACCGUUUCCCAGAUGGACUGGCGAUGAUGCGAGAAACUUUGCAGAAACAUGUAUCGACAGGUCAAGGAGACGCAGACAGUUGGGAUGACAGCAGUUCCGUCAGCAGUGGAGUUAGUGAUACGAUCGACACUGAUGACAUCAACACUAGUUCCUCCAUCAGCUCAUACACACACACAUCUGCUGCAUGCAGAGCCCUGAACACCCAGCCACAGACUGAUGCUGAGAAACAUUCAGCCACUGAGCGAAACUCAAGCUGGUCUUGUGAUGAAGUCAAGAAAUCAGACGGAGGUUCGGACAGCAGCGUGAAAAUGGAGUCUGGCUCAAAAUGGCGACAAAACCCUUCUGAUGUAUCAGAUGAGUCGGAUAAGGGAGGAUCUGGGAAAAGGGGUGGUGCCAUCUCUCAGACUGGUUCAUGGAGGCGGGGCAUGAGUGCCCAGGUUGGCGUGACUGCGCCACGCACGAAAAACACAACAGUUACCUCAGGACCAGGCAUGAUGAAAACACAUGGGACUGCUAAAACGGAUGAUGCUAAAGUGUCAGAGAAAGGCCGCAUUUCUCCCCACACUAACAACAUUCAGAGCUGUGACCCUGUCCUCUCCCGUGUUUCCUUCGGCUUUAAGAAACCCACCUCCGGGUCCAUAUCUGGUCCCACUGCCACAGCAACGACCUCCAGCACAGCCAUGGUGUCAGCUAGCAGAGUCACGGUCAUCAGUGGCUCAGCCACACUGGGGAAAAUCCCCAAAUCCACAGCACUGAUGGUGGGUGGAGUCAGAUCUGGUCUGAAAGGGUCAGCACCAGAGUGUGCCAUGGUGACUCAGGAGGAUGGCGGCCUAGCAACCAGUGUUAGGUCGACACUGCAGUAUCGGAGUCUGCCACGACCUUCACGCUCCACCCAUAACCGCUCAUCCACCAGCAGCAUUGAAUCGGGAUCGAGCAGCCGAGGCCCUGCCAUCAAUGUUACUGCCUCGACCAAUAAGACACGAGAGUCCAUCCCCAAUGCGAAAACCAAUCAGACGGACAAGGAAAAGGGUGGAGUCUCAGAGACGGACAACUUGAGAACAAACGUGGUUGGCUCAAGUUCGACAAUUCCACAGACAGCGAGACAAGGAAGUAAAUAUACAGAGGUUUCAUCACCCACACUGCGCAGACUUUUUGGAGGUAAAGCUGCUAAGCAGGCCACUGCCACAGAGAACCUGAAGAACUCUGUGGUCAUUUCAAACCCUCAUGCCACACUGGGACACCACUCUGUGCCCUCCGCUGGGCUCCUGGACUCCCCCUCAGCGGGCAGUAGUGGGGGUGCAGGGGGCAGUGAGCAGGUGUCCAGCCCUGGCUCGGGCUACUCAGGGGGCACGGGCACAUGGGGCCACCCCUCUGUCAGCAGCAUGCACACCAGCACUGAAUCCAUCGAUAUGUCAGUCAGCAGCGGGCAUCAGCGAGACAACGGCCACCACCCAAUCACUCGCGCUGGAAGUGCCAAGACGGAGAGUCCCUUCUCUUCUCCCUCUGCUAGUCCCAAAUUCAGCCGCAACACCUUGCCUCGGAAACAGGACAGGUACACCCCCUCGCCGCAGCUCCGCCCAGAAGAGGCCCGUGAUUGGCUGCGUUCGCAUUCUAUCAGCGGAUUGCAGGAGUCGGCCAGUAACUCACCUUUUUCUACCGGCUCCAGUGUGACCUCACCAUCUGGGACGCGUUUCAAUUUCGGACAGCUUGCCAGUCCCACCACAGCAGCUCAGAUAAACCUUGUGAGUCUGCGCAACAGCGGUCUGACCAAUCAGGACGCAGUGCUGGACAUAUGCAAUGAGGGCCGUCUGAGAAACUCCUGUGUCUCAUUGGAUGAGAAAAACCGCAUCAUGAGUCGCUCCGCCUCCUUCAGAGAUGGGUUUGAAGAAGUACAUGGAUCGUCUCUUUCUCUGGUCUCGAGUACAUCUUCCAUCUACUCCACGAAUGAAGAGAAGUCACAGUCAGAGAUUCGGAAGUUGCGCAGAGAGCUGGACGCCUCGCAGGAGAAAGUGUCGGCACUGACAACACAGCUGAGUGCUAACGCCCACCUGGUAGCAGCAUUUGAGCAAAGUCUGGCCAACAUGACCAUCAGACUAAAGAGCCUCACUAUGACAGCAGAGCAGAAGGACUCUGAGCUGAAUGAGUUGAGAAAGACCAUUGAGUUGCUAAAGAAGCAGAACGCUGUGGCUCAAGCUGCCAUUAACGGUGUCAUUAACACUCCAGAGCUCACCUGUAAACCUGAACGCACAGGUUCUGUGGGCUCAGUCUCAGUUCAGGCAGAGAUGUGUAUGCGCAGACAGCACUCAUCAGACAGUGUAUCCAGCAUCACCAGCCACUCCAGCAUGGAGAAUACAGACAACAGUGGCAAGAAGAAAAAGAAAAACUGGUUGCGUAGCUCCUUUAAACAGGCAUUCACCAAAAAGAAGUCACCUAAAUCCGCCUCGUCCCAUUCAGACAUUGAGGAAAUGAACGACUCACUCCCUUCAUCUCCUAAACUCCCUCAUAAUGGAUCCAGCAGCUCCACACCCAUGCUCAGGAACUCCAACUCACUGUUGCCAGAGGGUUUAGAUGGAGAGGCGGAAACUGUAAUGCAGCUACGGAGUGAGUUGAGAGAGAAAGAAAUGAAGUUGACAGACAUCCGGUUAGAGGCACUUAGCUCCGCCCACCAGCUUGACCAAUUACGAGAGGCCAUGAAUCGGAUGCAGGCUGAGAUUGAGAAGCUGAAAGCGGAAAAUGACCGUUUGAAGAUGGAGAAUCAGGCAAACGGUGGCCGAACGUUAAUCACCCCAUGUUCCAUCACAACUCCAUCAAACGAACUCUCACAACAAAACCCCCAUGAGUCCACAAGCUUUGAUAUACUGCUGGAUGAUUCUGGAGGAGAUGGCAGUUUCCGUAAAGAUGGCCAACAUGUAAAGAUCAUAGUCAGUUUACAGGGGGAGGAUGCUCCCAGGAAAGAGGAUUGCAGACCACGGGACUUCCUGAUCGGCUGUAUUGGAGUUAGUGGGAAAACCAAAUGGGACGUUUUGGAUGGAGUAGUGAAACGCCUAUUUAAAGAAUACAUCAGGCAUGUAGAUCCAGUCAGUCAGCUGGGACUGAGCUCUGACAGCGUGGAGGCGUAUCGUAUUGGGGAUGUGAUCAGGCCCGGUAGAGCAGAAACGCCAGAACUGCUUCCCUGCGGAUACUUAGUGGGGGAAAACAACACAAUAAACAUCUCACUUAAAGGUGUGAGCUCCCAGUCAACUGACUCACUUGUGUUUGAGAUGUUAAUCCCGAAGCCUGUGUUGCAGCGCUACGUGUCACUGCUGCACGAACAUCGCCGUCUCAUUCUGUCUGGUCCAAGCGGCACGGGGAAAACAUACCUGGCCCAGCGUCUCGCCGAACACCUGACACUGCUGGAGGGACGCACUGACACACACUCUGCCAUCACCACCUUCAACGUGGACCACAAGUCUAGCAAGGAGCUGCGACAGUAUUUGUUGGCUGUAGUGGAACAGUGCAGUGUGGAUCAACGCGAAGCUCCUUCAGUUAUCAUACUGGACAACUUGCAUCACAUCAGCUCACUGGGGGAGAUAUUCAAUGGCCUGCUUACCCAAACACGCCAGCACUGCCCGUACAUCAUCGGCACAAUGAGUCAGACGACAUCUUCAUCUCCGAAUUUGCAGCUUCAUCAUAACUUCAGGUGGGUUUUGUGUGCGAAUCACACAGAGCCAGUGAAGGGCUUUCUGGGCCGUUUUCUGAGGAGAAAGCUUAUAGAAACAGAAAUCAGCAACCGAACACGUAAUCCAGAGCUGGUGAAGAUCAUUGAGUGGAUUCCUCGUGUUUGGCAUCAUCUCAACUGCUUCCUGGAGGCUCACAGCUCCUCAGACGUCACUAUCGGACCGCGUCUGUUCCUCUCGUGUCCGAUGGACGUGGACGGAUCACGCAUUUGGUUUACAGAUCUGUGGAAUUACAGCAUCAUUCCAUACAUGCUGGAGGCUGUCAGAGAGGGUUUGCAGCUAUACGGACGCAGAGCUGCAUGGGAUGAUCCUGCUCGUUGGGUGUUGGACACUUUUCCAUGGCGAUCAAGCUCCCAGCAUCCUGAUUGGCCUGCUCUGCUAAAACUCCGCCCAGAGGAUGUGGGUUUGGAUGGGGGUUCCACCUCUAAAGAGGGCGCUAUCAAACAGAACACCCAGAGCGACAGUGAUGCUGAUCCACUGAUGAACAUGCUGAUGCGUCUGAAGGAGGCAGCGAACUGCUCCAGCACUCAGAGUUACGACAGUGACUCCAACAGUAAUGGUCACCAUGACGACAUCCUUGAUUCAUCACUGGAGUCAACACUCUGAUGCUUCAUUUUAUACUUUUAUUACAAACUUCCUGUGAAUGUUUCCUUGUGCCCAGGCAGCACUGAUCGAGCUGCUGCUUUUAUUUUUAUCCUGUGCGGGAACUUUAUUUAAAGGAAAGAAAAUUAAUAAUUAAGAAAAUUAAAAAAGGAAAGAAAAUUAAAAAUAACUGCACUACUCACAAGUCAACUUGCUAUUAUGUCAAGUUACAAAAUUAGAUGACAAUUUAAAAUAAAAAACAACAAAAUUAUCCAAUACCCAUAAUGUAACUCAUGGAGGCAAAAAGUGAACAGGCUUCAUGAGCUUAAGAAGAAGAAGAAGAAGAAGAAGAGGAGGAGGAAGAAGAAGAUAGAAACUGCACUACUUAUAAUUCAUCUGCAAACACCUGCUGUGAUGGAUGUAUUAAAGAAUAGCACAUGUCAUCAGACAGAGAUUUUUCAGAAUCCUUACCUCACUAUAGUCCACCUAUAAUGUCUAAUAAUAACAAUAAGUCUUAAAGCUUCACUAAAUAUCUUCAUAUCCUAGUUUUGUGUAUCCCUGACCUGAAGUCUAAACCUCUCUAUCUCUUCUCUUCAUAUCCUAGUUUUGUGUAUCCCUGACCUGAAGUUUUUUUGAGAAACAUCAAAACUCUAAACCUUUCUAAACUUCUCUCAUACUGCGUUCUGUUGACAAAAUGGUGCUAUGAAUGAUUUUGUGCUCUUCGCUACUGUGAAUGUCUGGACACACACGACGGUGGCUCACGAAAGUUUAUUCUGAUGCUGGCCAUCAUUUUAUAACUUAAAGACAAAGGAUUGGUGCGUUCUGGGAGACUUUCCGGAGGAGGAAGUGACAUGAAUUUGUGUACUUUAAUUUCCUGUUCUGUAAUAGUUUGUUUGCAUGAUCAGUAAUGGUACCUCACCAGCAUGGAGUUUUUCCUUUUUUGAAAGGUGAGAUGUGUCUAGCAGGCCUGCCUUGCACUCAUUCACUACUGAACACCCUCAUUCUCUACAUUUUCUUCUCCUCGUUUUGGUGCUGAAGAACCCAGUGCCUUACUGCGUUUUGCAAUGAGAACCUGAGAGGUGCUUGUGUUCUUAUCCUGAACUUUUCACUUCCUCUCGAGCAAAAGGGCUUCAUGCUGCACACCUGAGCAGCUCUGAGUGGCUUUAUCAUUUUAAUAAUGCUUACAGUCAUCAUAGUGCUUAUUAAAUGCAGAUGAAGAAAGAAAACAUUUGGCACAAAACCCUGUGAGACUUUGUUGGGUGCUUUGAAGGAGCUGCACAAUGUUGAGUUAAAAAGCAUGUGUAUAUGUGAGUGUUUAUACCUCAUUGACUGUCCAGAACUUUACUUUGGCCUUAAUUCCCAUGCUACACCACUGUGAAGGGGAAUGACUUAAAGAGCCCUUAUCUUGGAAUCCCAAAUGUUCUCUGGUUUUCUAACAUAAAAGAGCUUAAUAUAGUUUAUAAACAUUGUUAAAGUUUCAAAAUGUAUUCCUUGCCUUCCCAGUCCAUAAGGUCUAUUUAUGGAAACUAAGUUGCAAAAACAACCCAUUUUAGAUUUCUUGUUUCUUCAAAACUCAUUUACAGGAACCCACCCAUUCGCUUUACAGCAGGUUAGCCCUGCCCAGUCCUACAGAAUUCUGUAGCAGUACUUGAGUGAAAGAGGUUGCAGCAUGCAGGUAAACCUUGUACCUUGCCAUCAGGAAACAAAUAAGCUACAUAAGUGUCUACAUGAGCGUCUGUGUUCUGAAUGAGGGCAAGAUAUGUCCUAACGUUACUGCUGAAGGACGAUGCAAGUCCACAUGGACCCAACAGCAGUAGAAUAAAUAGAAUUUCAUUUAAUGUCUCAUUUAUUCAUGACUAUCCAGUAUGAAUGCUGACUGAGGCAGCUUUAUCUAGCAAAGUAUGCACUGUACACAAAGAGCUAACACUAGCUAGCUAUCUAGAUUUCGCCUUGCUGUUUGCUAAUUCUAUAGCUAGUCUUGUCAGUAACAGCAAACAUUCACCUAUUUUUAAAAUCAUUUCAACAGCUUUCUACUAGCAGAUGCCAUUAUUUAUCUCCCAUUAUCUCUUCAUUUUGUUCUGAGAGAUAAAGAAAGGAAGGGAAAUGGUUGUGUAAAAAUGAAUUAUGACUUUUUGUACAUAAAACUACGCAAAUAUUAUAAAUGGACUUCAGGGAAAAGAUCAAAUACAAAAAACAAUGUAAGAUACGGAACCUUAAUGCUAAUUAACACCAUAUCAGAUGACUCUUCCGCUGCUUUUAUAGACUUUUAGGAAGAGCUAGUAAAUGAAAUGACAGAAGAAACAAGUGUUAACUUUGAACUCACUUAACACUUGAUAUCAGGAAUUAAUUGUGGUUUUGUGUUGCUGAUUUUGUGCAGUUUUUUGUUAAUAAUGUUGCUUACAUUCAGCAUCUUGAUCCUAUGCAACAUCGUUCAGAUUUGAAAUGGAAGCCAAAUAUGGUAUCGGCACUGCCAAGUGUGUGUGUAUGUGUGUGUGUAUUUAUAUAAAUAUGGAUUGUACAGUGUGUAUAUAACUUGUGAAUAACUUUCAGAUUAUGAUGUGCCUACAUUUUAUAAAGUUGGAUGUAAGUUGAUUCAAGCACAGACUCGGGACGUUUUAACUUUAUUCUCAUUGUUGAAUGUUUAUUUGCUGUGUACAUGAUUUAAAUACACAACAUUCAUUUUUUUUAAAUCCUCCAUUUGGAUGAAUAAAAUUUUACUUACAUGUUUACAACAACA